AAAAAUAACAAGAAUCUAUACCCGCGAAGAAAUGCGUUAUUCUCUUCCUCCCCUCCAUUUCCUCCUAUUGCUUGGAGCAUUAGGAGGGUGGGCCACACCAACAACCGCUAAGACUCUCAGAAUUGGCGUCCCAGCGAAAUCUCAAUACCCAAAGUAUGUGACCGUAAAAUGCAACUGGACUUCAAACGAUACAUGUUUCAGCGGCCAUUCUAUCGACAUCUUCCGGUUGGUUUGGAAGAACUUAAACAACAACAUAGACUACGAGUUCAUUCCUUUCGAAGGCCCCUACGACACUAUGGUCGAGCAAGUCUAUCACAAGACAUUCGAUGCAGUCGUGGGCGAUACAUCGAUAGUGGCCAAACGAUGUCAGUUAGUAGAAUUCUCCCGUCCUUACACGGAAACAGGAUCAAGAAUGGUGGUGCUUGAGAAGCAAGAAGAAGGAAAAGCUUGGAUCUUUGUAGAGCCCUUCACAAAAACACUGUGGGCCUUAACAGGGGCCAUUUUCUUGUACAAUGGCAUAAUCGUGUGGUAUAUGGAGAGGGCGGACGAUGAAGAAGAGCGCUCCUAUUUCAAUCAUAUUGGCAGCUUGAUCUGGCUUUCCUUCACCACCCUUUUUCCCAUUAAUGGAGAGAGACUGCGAAGCAAUUUAUCUAGAAUGGCAAUGGUGGUGUGGCUGUUCGUGGCACUGAUCUUGACUCAGAGCUACACGGCUAGCCUCACCUCAAUGCUCACUGUCCAGCGACUCAGACCGAGUGUGGUGGAUGCCGACUCGUUAUUAAAGGGCAGAGAAAAGGUGGGGUGCGACGUUGGGUCUUUCAUGUCAAAGUACUUAGAAGAGGUGGUGGGCUUUGGCGCGGGAUGCGUGGACACGUUCAAGUCGGAUGAGUACGCACAGGCACUUUCAAAUGGGACCAUCAAAGCUGCAUUCCUUGAAAUCCCAUCCAUUCAACUCUUCCUUGAUGAGAAUCCCAAGGGUUACACCGUCACUGGGCCCACCUACGAAAUUGGAGGAUUCGCCUUUGUCUUCCCAAAAGGUUCGAAACUUGCGGAGGAAGUCUCCGACGAGAUUCUAAGACUGCGGGAAAACGGUACGCUGCGGAGACUCCAAGAGAAUUUAGUUUCUUCUAAAAAAGGUUCGAGUAUUGAGCCGGACCAUAAUGAGAAUGCCAGGCUCGGGUUAGAUGGCUUUUGGGGACUAUUCGUGAUCACAGGCAGCAUGUCAACGUUGGCUCUUGUUCUAUUCCUCGUGGGCCGACUCCGCAAUCAGCAGCGCAGUUGUUACCCUCGGAUCCGAUCGGUGGGCCAGAAUGUGGGGCCGAUAUUCAGGACCAACAGGAUCCACAACAAUGAUGAUCAAGGCCCACGUAGUGCCGUGGUAGAGGUGCCCAGUUUCAAAAGGUGCAACACUGUCUAA